AUGACGAAAAGCUCUCCUCCUAGAGAUUCAAGGAAAGGGAAGGCCCCAGUUCUUCGCAAAGAGCCCCACACUGAGCCUGACGAAAAAGUGCCCUUCUCCUCAAGGAUAUUAAAAGAAAAGUUACCCAAAGGGUACAAACCCCCAGCUAUCGGAGAAUACGAUGGCAGUAAAGACCCUGAAGAUCAUCUUCAAAAAUUUAGAAACGCGUCAAUACUACACCAGUACAGCGAUGCUGUCAUAUGCCGGGUAUUUUUGAACACCCUGUCCGGCUCAGCGCAAAAAUGGUUUAAUGGGUUGUCGUCCGGAUCCAUCACCUGCUUCCAAGAGUUCAAGACCGCUUCCUUGUGCCACUUUGCCAACAGCCAGAAGUAUCAAAAAAUAGACCACUGCCUCUUCACUCUUAAGCAAGGGCCAAUCGAACCAUUAAGGAGUUAUAUUAAGCAUUUCAACCAGGUAGCUCAGGAUGUCCCGACAGCCACCUCGGAGAUACUCAUGAGUGUCUUCUCUCAUGGGUUGGUAGAGGGAGAGUUUUUUAGGGAUCUCAUUCGAGAUCCGGCAAAGAAUUUUGAUGGGAUGUUAGAAAGGGCCGCCAGCUAUAUCAACAUGGAGGAGGCCCAAGCGGCACGAAGGAAGGCUCACUGGGCACCCUCUACCGUUAAUAAGCUGGAGAAACGUAUACCUCAACAGCCAGCUCAACCACUCCCUCACACUCGGGAAGUUAGACCAUUUUUCCCACCCGGUCAGGAUUCCCACUCAACGCCACGGGUAGCUACAGUCCAUGCUCCCCGGCCUGGCCCUUGGGGUCCGUGA